AUGCUCUUUGGCAACUACCUUCCCACCUUGCUCGCACUCUUCGCCUUGGCGAGCAUCGCCUCUGUGUCCGCCAACUUGCCUUGUUCCAGCGGUGCAUCCCCUUGCCGCUUAAAUGGCGGGGCAUGUCAAUGUUGUAAUGGUGCUCUCGGCGAACAUGGCCCAGCUUGUUAG